CAUUCAUUGUAGGCCGCUUCGUACGGCUCGCACAGUGUUGGCUACGCCCUUGGUAUCUUAGAAUUUGGCCAGUUUUAACUCAAAAAUCCUCCGUCUUCGGCCAACUUUUGCCCCAAACAUCGGCGCAGCCAUUGCGAUCAGCCCUUCCACUCCCUUUACACGGCUUUGCCGGGGUUUUACAGGGCCGUCCGUUCGUGAAUAAAUCGACACGAUGGAUUGUUGCUUGAGCGAGGAGGCAAAAGAAAGAAAACGCAUCAAUGCUGAAAUCGAAAAGCAGAUACGGCAAGACAAGAGAAACCAGAGGAGAGAGCUCAAACUCCUGCUACUAGGGACUGGAGAAUCUGGGAAAAGUACGUUCAUAAAACAAAUGCGGAUUAUUCAUGGCCAGGGGUAUAGCGACGAGGAUAAGCGAGGGUAUAUACCGCUCGUUUACCAGAAUAUUAUAACAGCAAUGCAUAGCCUAACACGAGCAAUGGAAACGCUCAAAAUCCCCUACAAAGAUUCCUCAAAUCUGGAAAAAGCUAGCUACAUAAGAACAGUAGAUCCAAAAAAUGUAACAACGUUCGAACGAGAGUACUACGAAGCAACAAAGAGCUUAUGGUCUGAUGCAGGCAUGCAGGAGUGCUAUGAUCGGAGGAGAGAGUAUCAACUUAGCGAUUCGGCGAAAUACUACCUGACCGAUCUGGACCGACUCGCUAAACCCGACUAUCUUCCUACCGAACAAGAUGUGCUCAGAGCCAGGGCCCCAACGUCAGGAAUUAUCGAGUAUCCCUUCGACUUGGAAACGAUAAUUUUUCGAAUGGUUGACGUUGGUGGACAGAGAUCGGAGCGGCGCAAGUGGAUUCAUUGUUUUGAAAAUGUGACGUCAAUCAUGUUUCUUGUUGCUCUAAGCGAGUAUGACCAAGUACUAGUAGAGUCGGACAGUGAGAACCGUAUGGAAGAAAGCAAGGCUCUUUUCCGCACUAUCAUCACAUAUCCAUGGUUUCAGAAUUCUUCGAUUAUCCUGUUUUUGAACAAGAAGGAUUUGCUUGAAGAGAAAAUUAUGUUUUCGCACUUGGUCGAAUACUUUCCUGAAUUUGAUGGCCCCCAAUGUGACGCACAGGCUGCCAGAGAGUUCAUACUUAAAAUGUUCGUGGAUCUUAACCCGGACACAGACAAGAUUAUUUACUCCCAUUUUACUUGUGCUACCGAUACAGAAAACAUUCGUUUUGUAUUUGCCGCAGUCAAGGACACUAUCCUUCAGUUAAAUCUUAAAGAAUACAAUCUUGUCUGAAAGUUGGUGCCUAGGUGGGUAAUUUAUAUACAAACACUUGUUGGUAUGGCAUCAUCAGUUACCUUGAAAUCAUUGGGGUAGAUGAUGUUAAGGGGGUCAAAUCUGUUAAUGAUGUCCCCCCUUAUCCCAUAUGGUAAAGAGAGAAGUUCCUUUAGUGUUGAUUCCCACCAUGGUCAGUCCAUAUGUGGUAUUCAGUCCAUAUAUGGAGGUAAUAUCCAAAUGCUGACCUAAUAUUGGUCAAGCUUUCCUGUGUCUUGGAGUAACACUUGAUUUUGACUUUGUUAAAAGGUCAGUGUCCAAAAUAUUAGCUAGCAAGAGAUUCCACUAUCUUAAUCGGCUCAUCAUAAAAUAACAGUUUUAUUUUGUGUAUUGACUUUUAAAACAAGUGGAGGAUGACCCAAUGUUUAAAAAGAAAUCUCUUGGCCAUUUUUCCUCUUUUUUGAUGAAAGUUCCUUGGGAUUUUAACAACGUUCAAUGUAAAUGUUUUGUUACACAUAGGGAAAAAUAAUAAUUAUCAACAUACGACAUCAUUUCAUUGCCUGAACACAUUCAUUAGUAACAUAGAACUAGAUAGAUCUUCAAAUUUCAGAUUCGAAUUUGUAUUCUUAUUUCUGAUUUCCUUGAGUGGCAGUUUGUGAGGCUAUGUGCACCCAAGUUUGCAGCUCUUAGAGCUUUUCCAUUUCUCCUGUCAGCUCAGCAUAUUAUAUACAUCUGUGUAUAUACAGCUCCAGAGGCCAUAAAUCUUUGAUGUGUAGCAUAUUGAGAAAGUUUCCUUUUUAUUAGCAAUUAUUAUUCGCAGACUCUGGUCAAUUUAGCAUACUUAAGUAAGGAGAGAGAAAAAAGCAAACUUGGCUAGCACAAGAGGCAUCAGACCUGUUGCCAAAUAUAAUAGAAGUCGAUUAUGAAUUUGAGUUGUAUUGCUUCUAAAGGUGCUUCACUCACUAUUUCAUUGUAUUAGCCCUGUAUCAUAAUGUCCCUCAAGUUCCCUAUUCCACCGAUGUGAAUGGAAUAUGAAAACCAUACUAAUACCUUGGGAAGCUAUAUAUGUUUAAAAUAGAAAUGAAAUGUUAUAAAGACGCCAACGUUACUGAAUAAAAUAUCAAAAAGAAGUGCCCUUUUUUGUUUUUUAGAGAAAAUUUCUGUCUGAGGAAUUCUGAUUUCUGUUUCCCAACCUCGGCACUUGGGCAUUAACACUAGUGUCAACCUGACUGUAUUCUAACAAAUCAAACAGAAAAAGAAAAGGAAAAAUCUUGCAAGUGUAUGUAAAAUAUCAUGUAAGUGUUAGAGAGAAAAGAAAAAUAUGAAGAGCUUACCUGUUA